AAUUUACACUAAAUUUACAUCCGCGCAGAUUUUCACCUCAUUUGUAACAGUUUAUGUUAUGCUUGAUUAUUAUGUAGUCAACUUGUGAAAAAGAAAUAAUUGCAUUCCCAAAACCGAUAUUUUCUGGACAAAAAACAACAACAACAAAACAGGAAAGUUGUACAUGUAUAUUUACUUUAAGAGUCAACAAUUAUUCUAUCUUAUCUCGGAUUACUUUGAUUUACACUUUGACAUUCUGUUUGCGUAAAUGUCGGAUUCAUGAUAAAGAUAGUUUAAAUGUUGAUUGGGAACGACUGCACGUGAUUCUGACGUGAAGAUGGGUGAGGUCAUUAAGGAAGAUAUUGACGAUAAGCCCAAGCCUCCAGAUGUAGACAGAGGAUAUGCUUGGGUCGUCCUGGCAGGAUGUUUCUUCAUGUACAUGUUUGUGGUUGGAAGCAUUAAGGCAUAUGGAGUACUGUACACAGAAAUGGUCGAGUAUUUUGGCACCGGAUCCGGAAAUACAGCAUGGAUUGGAAGCGUCUGUUCCCUCCUGAUGUUAGGUCUCGGUCCAAUAGCCAAUUUACUGAGUAGAAAAUUUUCUUUCCGGAAAGUUUCUUUUAUUGGCGGGGUGUUACUUGGUCUAGGGUUCUUUUUAUCUGGAUUUGUACCUAGGAUGGAGUACAUGUACAUCACAUUUGGUGUAGUUGCAGGUAUUGGGUACGGACUAACGUUUUCACCAUGUUCAACCAUCAUCAGCUUCUACUUCGACAAACAUCGGGCUCUUGCUAACGGCAUUACAGUAUCGGCAAGUGGCAUCGGUGCUCUAUCGUUCCCAUUUCUUUAUAAGUAUCUCAUUGAAGAGUUCACGCUAACAAGAGCACUAUGGGUUGUUGGAGCAAUUGUGGCAAACGUCUGCGUUGCAGCUUGUGUAUUUAGACAGCCACACAUGCUAGUACAAGAAAAGCGGCGAGAAAGGGCAGCUUAUAAAAGAAAAAGUGACCAAAAGGCUCUGUUAAAUGGUAACAGUGCUUUUGGGUAUGAUGAAGACGCUAAAGAAGAAACGAAAAAGAAAUCGUGUGAUUGUAGCGGAUUAAAUCUAAAUUUUUCAUUAUUUAAAAAUCCAUUAUUUACAAUGUAUGCUUUUGCGUUUACAUUCUGUAUGAAUGGCUACGGAAACAACAUUAUUCUCAUUCCAUCUCAUGUGAAAGAACUAGGAUAUAAUAAAACAUAUGUAGCGCUAAGUGUAACCAUUCUGGGCGGAUGUGAGGUCAUAGCUAGAAUAUUCUUCGGAUGGUUCGCUGAUUUGGAACUCAUCAAAAGAAAGAACAUAUUUCUAAUAAGUAUGUUCGUCAGUGCAAUUUUUGCUUUUAUCGCUCCAUAUUUUGACAGUUUUAUUUUUAUGGCUAUUUACGCUGCCAUUGUUGGGAUUUUCCCUGGCUCUUUCUGGAGUUUAAUCUCAGUGCUGGUUAUAGACGUUGUAGGUCUGGAGAACUUUACAUCGGCGUUUGGUCUCAUCUCACUAUGCCUAGCUCUUGGAGCGUCCGUCAGUCAGCCAAUCAUCGGUUGGUUACGAGACAUCUACGGUAAUUGGUAUCCAUCCUUCAUAGUGACCGGUUGUUUAUUUACUCUUGCUGGACUUACUGUUUGUUUACAACCAUUUAUCAAACGAUGUUGCAUGAGACCCGAAACUGAUCAACUAUAUUUAGACAUGUUAGGAAACGUUCCAUUGAGACAUGCGCCGAAGACACUUCCGCCGGAAGUUGAUGAUAAUGAUUCGCUUUUGGAGGAGGACGUUGACAUUACUUUUACAUCUCAUAGAAUAAGCCAAAUAUACCGCCCUUACAAGCCUGAAUCUCCGCAAAGCCCUCAUAAUACAUCUGCACCCAUAGUUGAUCCUAGUGAAGUGUAAUAUAUUUAUUUUGUUUAAUGUGUGACUGCCGCUUGUCUUUUGCUGUUGUUAUUUUAUGUUGUGCUACAGAUGCAAUAAAUUAAUAUCUCGGAAUAAAUCCAUAUUUAUGAAGCUA